AUGGCGUUAAGGACUUCUCUAGACGUUCCUCACCUUAGUGAAAGACCAGGUUUCGAGCGCGCCGACACCGAUCUCAACCACAAAGACGCAAAGUCGGUUCCUCAUGAUGCUGAGAAUCCUACCGAAGAUGGAUCAGACAGUCAGAGCUUUGAGACUGUCGAGAAAUAUCCUGGUGUCGCUAAGAUCGAGGCAUUGUAUCUGGUUUUCGGUAAAGGUACCAAAAUCUGGGUACUCUGGGUUUCUAUUGGACUCAUCGCUUGUGCUUUUGCUUUGAGUUCAAAUACCACUUAUAACUAUGUUCCCUUUGCGACUUCUGCUUUCGGUGAACACACCGUCCUCGGUACGAUCGCGGUCAUUACAUCCAUCAUGUCCGGUGUUGCUCAACCAUUCAUUGCCAAACUUGCCGAUCUUUGGUCAAGACCUUUCGCCAUUGCCUUCGGUGUCGUAUUCUACACUAUUGGUUACAUUGUUGUCGCUUCAUCACGAAAUGUCGCCGACGUAGCCGCCGGUCAAAUCAUCUAUACACUCGGAAACACUGCUCUCAGUUUCGUUCAAACUAUAUUACUUGGUGAUAUCACUUCACUACAAUACCGAGGUCUCGUCAAUGGUCUCGUGUCCCUUCCUUACAUUCCAUUCGCCUUUGUUGCCGGAAACAUCGCGGAUGGUAUUGGAGCUUACACCACUACUGACGGUUGGAGAUGGGGUUUCGGAAUGUUUUGUAUCAUCAUGCCAGCUGUUGUCACCCCAGCUGUCUUGAUCCUAUUCUGGGCCGAUCACAGAGCCAAGAAGGUUGGAGCCCUCUCGCUCGCUUCUUCAAGUUACGCUCGUGAACGAAUCUUAUCCAAAACGCAAGCACCCAAGAAAUCCAUCACCGCCAUCUUACUCGAUUACGCUCGAAAGAUCGACGCUGUUGGGCUUUUGUUACUUGGCUUCGCUUUCGGUUGUAUUCUUACACCUUUCACCUUGUCCUCUACCGCGAUUGGUGGUUAUGCCAACCCUUCAAUGAUUGCUCUUCUAGUAGUCGGUGGUAUCCUUUUCAUCGCUACAAUCGUUUGGGAAUGGAAAUUCGCUUCUCACCCAAUCAUGCCGCUUCGAAUCUUCAACAGAACCUUUAUUUGCGCAGUUGGUAUCGACUUCAUGUACUAUUUCUCCGGUUAUCUUUCAGAUGCUUAUUGGUCAUCUUGGCUCUGGGUCGCUCGAGACUACGAUUCCAAAAACUACACAUAUAUUUUGAACAUCCUUACAGUUGGUCUUUGUGGAUUUGCUGUACCUGCAGGAUUGAUCCAACGAUACACCCAUCGAUUCAAGUAUCUUCAAAUUUCUGGACUUUGUUUCCGAAUUCUCGGUAUGGGAUUGAACUAUUUAUUGGUGGCCGGUAACGGUGGUAACGCUGUUGUUGUUUGUUCAAGAGUAUUCAUUUCGCUCGGUGGUGGAAUUUCGGUUAUUUCAUCUCAAGUCGCAUCUCAAGCUUCAGUCACACACAAUGAUAUGGCUCUUGCCGCUUCUAUCUUGGCCCUCUGGACUUCAAUUGGUGGUGCUAUCGGGUCCGCCAUAGCUGCUUCAGUAUGGAACAGAAGAGUCCCAAUGUUACUCGAGAAAUACGUCGGUGAUUAUUACGAACACAACGCGACUGCUCUUGCCGAAAUCUUCGGUUCAAUUUACGUAGCUCGUGCUGCUGAACCCAGAGCAUUGAUUGUUCAAGCCUACGAUGAAGCCAUCAAGCCACUUUACCUCGCCGCUCUGAUCACGUCAUUCGUUUCUUUGAUCUUUGGAUUCUGUACCAAGAAUUACGUUCUCGAUGACCGACACAACGCAGUUGAGGAUACUAAGAUCAACAUGAGAUCAGAGGAAGAAACCGCUCCCGAAGUUGUAGCUGCUAAAGCAAGAGAAGUUGAAGCCAAGGUUGCCGAAAAACUCCACGCUCAAGGCCAACUUUAA